AUGACAACUCAGCUCCUGACGUCGGAGCUCACCAAUCUCAUUCAAGAAAGCAAGCGGAAACACAAUGAUCUUAGACAGGCUGCCGAGAAGUCUCUCGAGGAGCUCAAGAGCAUCCGAGGUGCCAAUGAAGCUCAAAUCGCCGCUGAACUCGCCCAAAGGGUGAACUUCGUCAACCCCUUCGUUGUCGCAUGUGGUACCAAAAAUGCCAAGUUCACCGGGAUUGCAAUUGUCUGCCUGCAACGGCUUGUCAUGGCCAGUGCGUUGCCGCGAUCCAAGCUGAGCCCAGUACUCGAAGCCUUGCGAGAGGCCACGACUUCCGGCCUUGACGUCCAGCUGAAGAUACUACAAGCUCUUCCGACGUUGCUGCAGAACUAUUCAGCUGAUAUCAAAGGAGACUUGCUCGUUACUGCCUUGAAUAUCUGUUUCGUUUUACAGACUAGCAAAAAUGGCAUUGUCAACAAUACCUCGGCUGCUACCCUCCAACAGCUGGUCGUGUCAGUUUUCGACAAAGUCGUGGCCGAGGAUAGGUUAAGCUCGAAAACUGGCUACGUGGGAGAUGCGCCGACCCAGGAUGGUCAUGUCCAGCUGCAUUCUGCAGCACUGGAUGCACACCGUGUUUUCAACGACAUCUGCCUCAUGACUGAGAACCAACGACCCGAGUACCUUCGGUUCACCGGGCUUCCCCAGACGUUUGGCCUAGAGCUGAUAGAAUCAGUCUUGACCAAUCACGCCUCUAUCUUUUCUUCCCAUCCCGAGCAAGCACACGUUCUACGGACCCGAGUGAUGCCCUUUUUGACCAGCGCCCUGUCGGGUAAAACUAACUUCGCCACGACGGUCAGGCUGGUCCGUAUCCUGUACACGCUGCUCAGACGGCAUCUUACCAUACUUCCCAAUGAAGGCGGCGAGGCCCUUGAGAUCCUGACGAAGCUGCUCGAUCAGGACACAGCGAUAUGGAGACGGGCGCUAUGCAUGGAGGUCUUUCGUGGAAUAUUCGCCGAUCCAGGUCUUCUGAGGAAGAUUUUCCUGCUGUAUGACAACAAGGACGAAGACAGGGACAUCCUGAAAGGGCUCAUGGGCACUUUUGUGCGUGUUAGCACGGAGAAGCCCGCCGUCAUUGGACUCGGUCACCAAUCAACCAUCCCCAUCGCUAAUCCAUACGCUAAUCUUGGCACCUCGACUGAUCAGGCGAUGCUUGAGGCUAGCGGAGUCACAGGGAUCAUAAGCGGAUCUGUUGGUGAGGGCUACAACACCGGCAUCAGUUCUCAGUGGAGCACCAUCCGGGUUCCCUGCAUUGACCAGUUGGACAAGACUGAUCCGCCCCCGAUACCCGAAUCAUACAUCUACGCCUUGACUCUAUCCUGUAUCACUUCUCUAUCUGAGGGCCUGGCAAAGUUCAUUCUUCCCCUUACCGUCCCUACAGAUCGGGGAUCACGCAAGAGAGGUACCAAGCUAUCUGAUACGGGACGUGAAUCUCCGGCCCCGAUCCCCGAAGAUGGCACUGAGCCGUCGAAGGCCACCUUGGAAAGGACAGCAUCGUCGGACUUGCUGACGCGUUCGGGUUCGUUCAAGAGGAACCCGGUCCCCGUCAACCCGUUGGUAUUGAAGGACCACCCUCUGUAUCAGGAAGUGAGGAUUUGCGCACAAAUUGUUGACGAGUGCUGGCCUGCGAUUCUGGCAACGUGCUCUACGUUUCUCUUUGCCGCCCUAGACUCUGAAUAUUAUCAUGGACUCGUACGGGCCUUCCAGAAGUUUGCACACGUGGCCGGGUUAUUGCAGCUGAACACGCCAAGGGAUGCUUUCUUGACCACAUUGGGGAAGGCUGCAGUUCCUCCAAACGUAUUUACCGCAUGUCUGAAUGCUGGUUCCUCGAAAGGAGCCCCUGCAACGCCGACCGUGGAAGCACCCAGUAGCCUCCUGGGUAAUGCCCGAGGGCUUCUGAGCGUGGACAACCUCGUGACACCUGUUGGUGCCGCCGGAGAACGACAGAGGCAGGCAUCAGCUGAUGCCAGCGUCGUAUCACAGACGCUGAAUACGCGCAAUUUGCUUUGCCUUCGUGCACUGUUGAAUUUGGGCAUCGCUCUAGGUCCUACGCUCAGCUCUUCGUGGAGUAUCAUUCUCGAAACACUACAACAAGCCGAUUUCGUUUUGUUCUCAACUGGAAAGGUGGCCGGGAAAACGCCGAUGGCCAACAAGGGUUCAGACCAGAAGGCAGAUAGCGAAGCUAACUCCUUGCUUGCCAACUUCAGUACUGAAAUUCGGGCAGUCGAGACAGCUGCGUCUAGGUUGUUCGAAAGCACUGUCGACUUUCCCAACGAAUCCUUUGUUGAGGUUGUCAGCGCAGUAUGCAGCCUGCUGGGACGACACACUGAACCAGCCUGUGAGCCCGCCAGCCAACCGCAGUCCCCCGCAUCUCAAUCCUUGACGCCUCCGACUCCUCAAGGACUGAGGACGUCUAGCGGCCAGCACCGAAAAAUGCUAAGUGUGUCUACGGUGUCUACUACUGGGCUCAACCAGGAGGACCAGUUUGCGCUGGCGAAGCUGGGAGACGUAGCCAUCAUCAACAUUGAGAGACUACUGACGUACCCACCUGAAGUUUCGGGUUGGACACCGUUGGUAUCUGAACUCAUAUGGACAUUGAGCGGAGCAUCAAUGUCAGCUCAAGUCCGGACACGCGCAGCAGAUAUUCUUGUCCGUCUUGUCUUGGAUGCGGCAAACACUGCGUCGAGCUUUAGCGAUGAACUGCGCGGCAAAGUCCAACUUCGGUUAUUAGAAGCAUUCCGAAAUGCUCUCCUUCCAUUGCAAAUGAGUAACCGGCAGUCCUCUGUCGCGAGCUAUUCUACCGAUGUCGACAUCCACAAGGUCAUCCUCGAAGGCCUUAAGAGCAUGCUAGACAACUGCGGUGAAACGCUCAUAAGCGGCUGGGAUAUUGCCUUUGAAAUCAUCAACAGUAUUUUCUUAGAGAAGCGAUUCGCCGACGAUGGCAGCAAGACAGCCGAGUCACAGUCCACCAGACUCAUGACACGAUCCGGCAGACUCAUCAGGUCAUCUUUCAACUCCCUGCAGCUCAUCUGUUCAGAUUUUUUGUCUUCAUUACCCAAUUCAUGCUUUCUCAUCCUCGUUGAUACCCUGUAUAAAUUUUGCUCGCAAGAUGAUGACCUCAACAUCGCUCUUACUACUGUGACUUUCUUUUGGGUCCUCUCCGAUUUUCUAUCGGGGAAGAACAAACACAAGUCUCUGCCCAUCACGGAUGGUCUGGUUGGAGGCACAGACGACAGCGAUUUAGUGGAAAAGGCCGCAGACCCACAGAACGCUUCCUCUGACGCUGCCCUGUGGAUGUUGCUACUUUUACGACUUACUACGGUGACAACAGACGACAGGCUUGAACUGAGGAACAGUGCCACUCAUACUCUACUGCGAAUAUUUGAUGCCUAUGGGGAUCGACUCAGUCCAGAGGGAUGGUCUGUCUGCAUCAAGUCGGUCAUCUUCAGGCUCAUGACAUCGAUCGAAGACAAGUUACAGUCAGUCAGUGGGCGCGAGGUAAAUGAAAAGGAGCGAAACGAAUGGCACGACACAGCCGUCGUGGUUUUGAACGGCAUAUCGGGCCUACUUGCAAACUACCUCGACGUUUUGACCGUCCAUCCAACCUUCAACUCAUACUGGCAGCAAUUGCUGGGUCAUUUUGCCACCUUGCUCGACUUUCAGGUGCUUGAAAUCAACACGGCGACUUUCAAGUCCUUGGGCCAGAUUCUUUCCCAGAGUCAAAAUGGUGCCAAACAAAACUUCAACAAGACGACGAUUGAUCUCGCUUGGGACCUUUGGUCUCGUGGCAUCCCCAUUGCCAAAAAUGCUGACGGCGCAAAGGUGGCAGAUAAUCAAAACUGUCUGCUGGCAUACGUUGCGGCACUUCGCGAUGUAUACCGACUAAUUCAAGCGGACUUGACGGUGGAUCGCAUAAGUCGAAUGCUGACACUCAUGACCCAGGCAAUGCAACAGGCCACUCCUGGGGCCUUUUUUGUUGACAUCGACUAUACGACACCUCUGCAAAGUAAAAUCCUAGAUGUGCUGAAGAUGCUUAGGACGGACCUACCAGGUGCGCCAUCUGCACUAAUUAGCGAAGCAUCCCAGUUCAUUUCACUGGCUUUUGAAAAUGAUACCAUGUCCAGCCAACGCUCGACACAAAAGCGAACUUAUGUGGCCAUGUCCAAGGCCAGCAUGCUCAUUCUGGAGGCUUUGGUCGUUGCUCAUGCUUCAGACCCAGGCAUAUACAGCGAUGGCGCCUUUUUAGCUGCGUUAUCAGCUCUCUCGAAGCCAAUAGUACUCAAAUAUCAGUUCCCGACGCUCACAAAGACGACACAACCUUGGAAAGUAGCAACUACAUCCGCACUAUCCAUCCUGGAAGCAACGCUCCACCAUCUCCGCAAUCUUGACAUUUCACGGUCUACCGUCCAGGAUAUAUGGCAAACUAUCGUUUCAAUCGCUAAUGGUAUCACAAACGCCGACUGCAACGUCCCUCCGGAGCGCAUCAAUCUUGUCCUGGACCAAAAUUUUGAUAUUGCCUCUUUCACCAAACUCCGCGAGCUCAUCAUCCCCUCCCUGGGCGCAGACCUCGUGCCCGAAAAGACUCGCAAGCUCUUUGCUGAGUCGCUAUUCCGCAUGUCCAUUAUCCACGCACCCGCGCCAGCAGAGUCGGACCUCAUAUACGGCAACAAUGCGGAAGGCCUGACCAGUCUGUACAAGCCACGACCAGGCCGCACCGUCGACCCGACCCCAACGCUGCGCGAGAAAAUGGCGUAUGUCUGCUUGGAGGAAUUAUUCGCUCUCGUCUCGACGCACGACGAGGCUGCUGCUCCCAGCAUCACGAUACAACCCCCCACACCAGGCUUUCCAUCACUCGGGACCCCAUCUUCGACUAAUGCGCCCUCCGAGCCACCGCACCAGCUCCAUGUCCGACUAGCUCGCACGGUGGCGCCGUAUCUGAUCCUGCGAGCCGCCCUCACACUGCGCUCGUACAUUGCGGACCAGCCUUUGAGAGGCCGCAUGCCGCAGCCCUUGAGCCAGCGGAAAGAAUUGAGUAGGAUACUAAAUAGUUUGGUGACGCUGCAAAGUGAAAGCGAGGCUAUCCCAGAUAUGGCGAACGUGGAAAGCGAGACCCGGAAGCAUUUGCUGAGACUGUACCCUCUCAUUGUGGAUGCGGUUAAGGUCGCAGGACGGAGCGGGGAUGAGGAUGUGGGUAAUUCAUUGGGGAAGGCAUUAGAGGUCGUGGGAGGUGAGCUUGGGGUGUAA